AUGCUGGCGGCCGUGGUGGUGGUGUUCGCGACGCUGUGGCUGCCCUACCGCGGCCUCCUCGUCUACAACUCGUUCGCCACGCUCUUCUCCGGCACCAAGUACAUGGACCUGUGGUUCCUGCUGUUCGCCAAGACCUGCGUCUUCAUCAACAGCGCCAUCAACCCGAUCCUGUACAACGCUAUGUCUGGCAAGUUCCGGCGCGCCUUCCGCAAGACGCUGGUGCGAUGCGCGCGCCGGCUGCACUCAGCAGCAGCAGCCUCAGGUCCAGCAGACAGCGCUCUGAGGACGGCUGCAAUGCACCACGAGGCGAGUGUGUCCAGCAGAGGUCGACGACGCGAACUUGCCGAGUCGGUACGUCGUGGCGAACGGCGCGAGUGGACCUGCACCCACCCAGCCCGAUCUAGCGACUUCUUCCAGCGGCAGCCAGCUACAACGCCAGCCACAGCCUUAACUGCGAGUCCAGGGGAGGACGUUGAAGGAUUCCACUCGUACAUGCGGACUGCCACGUGGGGUGAUCCUCUGCCCCAGCUGUGUGUGGCGAUCCGGAUAGUAGACUGUGCCCAGGGCAGCUGGCUGCUGCCACAGACGCAGCUGCAAAUCAAGUGUCAUCUGGAGGCACCACUGCUUUCAACUCGUGACAGUUGGCUGCGUCAGAGCGCCACGUAG